UUUCCAGCUGGUUGUCAUUUCACUCGGCUCGGUCCUGAGGAGAAGGACUCAGCCGCGGCUGCGGGACCCGGGCACCGGGAGGCGGCGGCGGCGCGGCGGCGGCGACGACAGCGGCGACAGCGGAGGAGGAAGAGGAGGCAGAAGGAGAAAAGAAGACGAGCCAGGCGGAGUCCGCAACGACAACAGCGGGGACUGUGGGACCAGGGUAAAGCGGCGGCGACGGCGACGGCCCAGCAACCGUGAGGAGAAACAAAAGCCUUCUAAAUUAUAGUUAAAAAAACAAACAAAAAAACCUUGGGGGGGAAAAAGAGAGAGAGAGAGAGAGAGAGAAGGGGGGUGGGGAAGCCCUUCGCUUUUAGGGUCACUACACUAGUGGGUUUUUCCUUUUUUUUCCCCCCCUCUGUUCCCCCUGUGCGGAGAACCGAACUGAGAACGGAACCAACCGCUCCUGGGUCCCAUGAGGGAAAAAAACCCCGGAGCCGCAGAGAGGGGAAGAGGCCGUAACCGCAGGGCCUUCCAGGUCGCCCCCUUGGUGCCCGCACCCCCAGGCCGCCGGCUCGCCCUCGUCCGGUCUCGCUAAUCCCUCCGGAUCGCGACCCCUCCACCACCCCCGUUAAGAGGGAGACACGGGUGUGUGUGCAGCCCGUUUCAUGGGGGAGAGGAGGCCCGGGGGAGCCCGAGAGCAGCGACCGCGGCAAGAUCUGCACCCAGAGCCUCAGCAGAAGCCCCAGCGGCCGGCACUGCCCCCCCGGGAAAGAGCAGAAACAGGACCAGGACCAGCAGAAGCCUCCCUGCAAUCACCUUCCCAUUAGUCAACGCUGAUUUCCGCGCCCGCACCCAGGAGUCCGCCUCCCGCCCCAGAUAACCUAAUAUAAUCUAUCUAUCUAUAUAUAAAUAUAUAAUAUAUAAUGCUCUUAAAUUAUUCCUGACUUUUUUUUUAACCAAGCUGCCAAGAAAAGAACGUAUUCUCCCCCCCACCCCCCACCCCUGUAGCCCUAUUCUAAUUUUUAUGUGAGUGAAUCUAAACCGCUGAGGAAGCCCAUAUGUGAUUGUUAAAUUAUAUAUAUAUAUAUAUAUAUACAUAUAUAUUUUUACUUCGCGCAAUGCUUAUUCUUCUACAUCCAUAGAGAAGCUGUGUUUUUCGUCAUUCAUGUACGUUUUCCUUUGGAAAAAAGAAAGCGCCUAUUUUACUAACCAAAGACUUGGUUUUUACCCUCUUUGUUUUUAUUCCCUCCUAGAAAUAAGCCCAGUCGGAUUCAUGUUAAUGUUUUAAGAGAUUUUUUUUUUUUUAGUUCUCUUUUGCUUUCAGAGACCAGAAUUCCAAAUCAAAACUAACGUGAUAAGCUGCGAUCUUGGAGCUAGCUCUAUAAAUAAGACAUUUUCAAACAAACACCUUAAAUUUUGGGUAGAGAAUACAAAGGCGUGAGACAUCAAGUUGUCGUGAUUUUUUUGUUUGGUUUUGUUUUUGUUUUAUUAUAAGAUUCUGCUCCUAAAAAUAAUAAAUGGGGGAUUACGGGUUUGGAGUGCUAGUGCAAAGCAAUACUGGGAACAAAUCUGCUUUUCCAGUCCGAUUCCAUCCACAUGUGCAGCCUGCACACCAUCACCAAAAUGCCACCCCCAGCCCUGCUGCUUUUAUAAAUAAUAACACAGCUGCCAAUGGCAGCAGUGCCGGGUCAGCUUGGCUCUUCCCUGCUCCGGCUACCCACAACAUUCAGGAUGAGAUCUUGGGGUCAGAGAAAACAAAAAGUCAGCAACAGGAACAGCAAGACCCUUUGGAAAAGCAGCAGCUCUCCCCCAGCCCAGGUCAGGAAGCUGGAAUACUGCCCGAAACUGAGAAGGCAAAAUCGGAAGAAAACCAAGGGGACACUUCUUCAGAAAAUGGCAAUGGGAAGGAGAAAAUCAGAAUCGAAUCACCAGUGUUGACAGGGUUUGAUUAUCAAGAAGCCACCGGGCUAGGUACUUCCACCCAACCCUUGACAUCCAGUGCGUCGUCUCUCACUGGUUUCAGUAACUGGUCAGCAGCGAUCGCGCCUUCUUCCUCCACAAUCAUCAACGAAGAUGCCAGUUUCUUUCACCAGGGAGGGGUCCCGGCUGCUUCGGCUAAUAACGGUGCUCUGUUAUUUCAAAAUUUUCCCCAUCAUGUCAGCCCUGGCUUCGGAGGCAGCUUCUCCCCUCAGAUCGGGCCUCUCUCACAGCACCACCCUCAUCACCCUCACUUCCAGCAUCAUCACAGCCAGCAUCAGCAGCAAAGGAGGUCUCCUGCCAGUCCCCACCCCCCACCUUUCACACAUAGAAAUGCUGCUUUUAACCAGCUGCCUCAUUUGGCGAAUAAUCUUAACAAACCCCCCUCUCCAUGGAGCAGCUACCAGAGUCCCUCUCCUACACCCUCUUCUUCCUGGAGCCCUGGAGGUGGCGGAUAUGGUGGCUGGGGAGGUUCCCAAGGCCGUGAUCACCGCAGAGGGCUAAAUGGAGGAAUAACACCCCUGAACUCCAUCUCGCCUUUGAAGAAGAAUUUUGCAAGCAAUCAUAUUCAGCUCCAGAAGUACGCUCGCCCCAGCUCUGCCUUUGCUCCUAAGUCCUGGAUGGAAGAUAGCUUGAACAGGGCUGACAACAUUUUUCCUUUUCCGGAUCGCCCCAGGACGUUCGACAUGCACUCCCUGGAGAGUUCACUCAUUGACAUAAUGAGAGCUGAAAAUGAUUCGAUUAAAGGUCGUCUAAACUAUUCAUAUCCAGGAUCCGAUAGUUCUCUGCUUAUUAAUGCAAGGACAUAUGGGCGAAGGAGAGGUCAGUCUUCGCUGUUUCCAAUGGAAGAUGGAUUCUUGGACGAUGGCCGUGGGGAGCAGCCUCUCCACAGUGGCCUGGGUUCCCCUCACUGCUUCACUCACCAGAAUGGAGAAAGAGUGGAACGAUAUUCUCGCAAGGUGUUUGUGGGCGGAUUACCUCCUGACAUCGAUGAAGAUGAGAUCACAGCUAGUUUUCGACGCUUUGGCCCUUUGAUUGUAGAUUGGCCUCAUAAAGCAGAGAGCAAAUCCUAUUUUCCUCCAAAAGGCUACGCAUUUCUGCUAUUUCAAGACGAAAGCUCUGUUCAGGCUCUCAUUGAUGCAUGUAUUGAAGAAGACGGAAAACUCUACCUGUGUGUAUCAAGUCCCACUAUCAAAGAUAAGCCAGUACAGAUUCGGCCUUGGAAUCUCAGUGACAGUGACUUUGUGAUGGAUGGUUCACAGCCUCUUGACCCACGAAAAACUAUAUUUGUUGGCGGUGUUCCUCGACCAUUACGAGCUGUGGAGCUCGCCAUGAUAAUGGAUCGGCUGUAUGGAGGUGUGUGCUAUGCUGGGAUUGAUACCGACCCUGAGCUGAAAUACCCAAAAGGAGCAGGGCGAGUCGCAUUCUCUAAUCAACAGAGUUACAUAGCUGCUAUCAGUGCCCGCUUUGUUCAGCUGCAGCAUGGAGAGAUAGAUAAACGGGUGGAAGUGAAGCCAUAUGUCUUGGAUGAUCAGCUGUGUGAUGAAUGUCAGGGGGCCCGUUGUGGGGGAAAAUUUGCUCCAUUUUUCUGUGCUAAUGUUACCUGUUUGCAGUAUUACUGUGAAUAUUGCUGGGCUGCUAUUCAUUCUCGUGCUGGCAGGGAAUUCCACAAGCCCCUGGUGAAGGAAGGCGGUGACCGUCCUCGACAUAUUUCAUUCCGCUGGAACUAAAGGACGUCUGCAGUGCUCGUUGUCAGGCCCCGGAAUAAGUGCACUCUUCUGUUAAUUCUGACCCUUUCCUCAACCUCUUCACGCUGGCAUGCCCUUUUGUAGCAGUCUGUAACUUAACAAUAGUAUAAGGAAAAGAAUGGCCUAUAAUAGAGGUGUUUUGUAGAUUCUCGUGUCACUGAAAACAAUACAGAUGAACUCCUUUUUCGUAUUGCCAUCAUGUUGCCUGGAAGUUUUAUUCUCUUGUCAGAGAGCAAGAGGAUCCAAAACUUCCUGCAACAUUUUCUUAGAGGAGAGAGAAAUAUUAAAAGAGAAAUGAAACAAUAGAGUAUUUUGGGUUUUUAAUUAAAUUAUUGUUAAUAAUAUAACAUAUAAGAAUACUUUUAUGAAAAUAACCGCGCACCAGUAACACUAUCAGUCUGCCCUGACACUGUCCCCCAGGGAAGCUCCUGCCUUUGCCUUCCUUGUCUCUCCUGCCUCUCUUUUUCCAUCCCCUUUCUAUUCUUUCGACAGCAGCGGAGGAAGUUAACAAUUAUUAACAGGAAAGAGCAUGUUAAAGCAAACACAAAUGCAUGAGCAAGAUUGAAGCAGCAUUAUCUACUCAUUUUAAGGGUUUGGAGGCUGAAUAGAAUUUCAUUCUGCCUCAGAGUUACUACUACAUCAGAACAGAAAAAAAACAAAUGCAGUAAAGUAGGCAGAGCUAGGUUUAUUUUCUUUUAAACAACUUUUAAAAAUUAGAAUAUAAAAAUUGGGGAAAUUUACGACUGAGGGAGUGCACUUAUUUAUUUUUAAACUCACGUAUCUGGUCACAGCCCCAGGAAACCUACCAAAGCUAGAAUUAACUACAACUGGUGGGAAAACUAGCAUUUCCUCUCCUAAAGAACAAAUGUAUAAAAAUUAUUUUUGAUGUUAUAUAUAAACUCUAUAUCCUAAUUUACUAAUACUCAUCAGGUGUCAGCCUUUGCUCUCCAUUUUGACGUUUAAAAAAACAAACAAACAAAUCUAGAGAUACCUCAAGGAUAUCGUUUUUUGAUUUUGCAUAAUAGUAUACUCGUAGCCAAAACUGGAAGACAAAAAUCGAUAUACAAAUUGGCUGCCGAUUGGCUUACUUUUAGAUUUAAAGUUACUUUGGGUAUCCUGUAAUUUAGUUGUAACAUAGAAAAUGAAAAAAAAAAGUUUAAAAAAAAAGUUAAGUAGUUGCAAAGUGUUUUGCACUGUUGAACUAAGUAACUGUGUAAAUCUGUGCAAAGGUACGUAUGUUUAUCUUACUCUUCCUAUAAAAUAAAAUAACAUUACAGUUUCAGAACUUAGCAUGGGACAUAGUCGGUGUUUGAAGUGCCAACUUCAUCAAGUAAUGCAUGCUUUAUUAUAAAUAAAAUUCUAGCUUUGAAAGGCGUUAUUAUUAUGUGUUGAACAGUAUGCUUCAGGGGUAAAUUUAAAAUAGUCUCUUGAAGCCCUGGUCAUGGAAGUAACUUUUAUUUUAAUUGACUUUCUCUUAUUAAAUGCCCUACCCACCACUAAAAGGAUUAUCAUCAGUGUGCAAAACAUUAAAAUAAAAAACAAAACCUAAUGGCAAUCUUGCUAGUUGUGCUACCUAACAGAACCAUCUUAGAUCCUUCAAAACCAAAGACUUGCCCCAGCAUUACGGUGGUACCACCUGGCUGAUGACCCCUACUGAUUAUCUUUAGGAAAAGCAGUCCUUUAUUUUUAAUACAGGCUUUAAUGAACUGUAUACCUGUUAAGUUCCAAAGGUCAAAAUGGAGGCAUUUGCUGUCUAAUAGUCCAACAUAGAAAGGGAGCUGCUUUUAAAGAAUUCCCUGCAAACGUUGAAAGCAGUCAUGCAAAUGGAGGGUGCUCUUGUGUAGCUGGUCAGGGACUUUUUUUCUUUUCUCCUGAACUACAUAAUUCUAAUUGGAAUGUUCAUUUGCCUCUUUUUCUUCUUUUCAAUGCUUGUAGGUGGCUUGGGGUGUGCUAUUGUGCUGUUCCUACUCAGUAAACAGGUGUGAUGAAGAAAUAACACUGUUUGAGAACUAGCUUUGAAUAAUAAUUUUUCCUUUUGUACAUGACCUGCUGAAUUUCGGUACAGUGUUUUUGUAGCUAACUUAUUUUGUCAUGCACAUAAUGUAUAUUUGUUAUGCACUACUUUUGUAUAUCUUGUUUUUCCAACAGUGAACAUUUUUAGGCACACUUUUCACUGACGGGAUAUCUCUUUAUGCAAUACCUCAAUUUUUCAUAUUGCAAAGAGUAGCUUUUUGUACUUUUAUUACUGAGAGAUCUUCAUAUACUUCAUUUUUUAAUAUAAAUAAUUUUAAUAAAUUUUAUUUUCUUAUAUUCUGCUUUUUAUACAUUUCAGUGCUCUGCAUACAUUUUAAAUUAUGAAUGUUGUGCACUGGCAAUGCUAUUUUAGAGUCUGCAGAAAAGAGAAAGCAUGUUGCUUAAACACCCUUCCCCAGCACCAGCUGUUGGUGUACCUAUAAUUUAAGAAAAUAGUCGAUGUGAAGUCACAAAUUAAUGAAAAAAAAAAAUUCGCAUGAAAAUGACAGAUAACACUGUAGUUCCUAAAAAAAGAAAAAAAAAUUAAAUGCAUAAGCAUAGGGUAGAAAUUUAAAAUAACAAAAUUGUCUACAGCUUCUUACUGAGUUUUUAAAAUUAUUCACAAUGCAGACAUUUUUGGUGAAUGUUUAGCCAUUUUUAAUAUUAAUAAAUUGAUGUUAAGUGUUUGAUUCAGAGAUGUCUGCUCUUUUAAAUUAUAUAUAAAGAAAAAAAAUAACCUGCCGUGGGACAGGUGCGUAAUGUUAGUAUGCAUGACUAAUGUAAGAAAUCGUUAUUCUACUAAUAUUUACUUGUGAUUGUGUGACAAGCGUGUUUACAGAUUAUUUGGUUACACUUCAAUUUACAGGGCAUAACCAAUUAUUAUCUAUUCCUCUGAACUUGCUUGAUUACAUGUCCUUCAGACUACAUGGGAUUGUAGUUGGGAGUUACCAUGUAACUCAAAACAGAAUUAACAUGUAAUUAGUUUACAGAUUUUAGGGUAUCACUUCAAUUUACCAAGCAUGUAGCUUUAGCGCACUAGCAUGGCACCAGCCAUGUACUUACAAUGUAGUUACAGAGUAAUUACAUGGUUAUUUUUGCAAUGUAAAAUAAAGUGUUUCUGAUUAUUUUCUAUGUAAAGGAACCCUCGCCCUCCCCCUUCUGGUCCCCACGCUUUGGUAUAAUAUAUAUCCUCCAUACACAGACCUCUACAGAAUGCAAAAUAAAACUUGCAGUGAAUGAAUUUAGCAUUUUAUGAGAGUGCUGUUUGAAAGACUUGAUAAUUCACCCCUUUUGUUUUGAAGAGUUGAAUCUUCUGUUAAAAGGUGAUUUAAAACUUGAAUGUGAUGAAUUGUGGCAAGUUAACUUCAAGUUAUGUGCAAUACUUAUUUCAAACUUUUGAAAGAUCUUUGCAGUGUAAUUCUUUGUUUUUAAUUGCAGACAUUUAAAAAUGUCAUUUUCUACUGUUAAGAGUAAUCCUCUUUCUUGCUGGUGUUUCUAAAGAAAAGAAUCAGAAAUCAAUCUUUCUACUAAUGUAAAUUUGAGAUUAUUUUUAAAAAUGGAAUAAAAGAGGUUUUGGUCAUUUGCUUUAUUUUAUUAUCUUAUUUUAAAGCUACUGUGAUUGAUAGCAUUGUAAGAAUUGGGACAAUAUUGUAUUCAACUGUUUUAUUUUUUAUAUUUUUAAAAUUUAAAGUAUAAUUAGUUUUUAUAAUUUUCAUCAGAUUUUUGUUAUAUUUUUUGGAAGUGAAACUUUUAGCAAGUGGGUGUCUAGUUUUUACUAAUCCCUAAUGUUUUUUUUUUCCAGUGUAUUGCUCAUAUUAUCAGAAGGAAAAGUUAUUUAAGUAUGUCAGUUAAUUGUACUACUUGGCUGAAUUUCCAUAUAGUUUUUACUGUGUAUGGGGAGCUUGUAGUAUUUAUUAUAGCAUUUUAAAUAAGGGUAAUUCAUUUUUUAUUAAAGUCAUUUUCACGUUAAGUUCCUAUUUUUGUAUGUUCUACUCUUAAGUUAUAUAACACAGUUCCUUUUUUAAAAGAGUUCAUUUGUUGAAGUGCUAGUGGAAAAUUAAUGUUAUUAAAUAGUUUGCAAAUGACUAUUUAUACCAGUAUGCAUAUAAUUUUUAAAUAUUUGUAAUGUGAGAUGUUGAAUGAAUAAAACUUUUAACUCAGA